AUGUCCCCCGUCAAACACACACACAUGUCCCCCCUGCCAGGCUCCAGGCGCUUGCUGCUGGGGGCUCAGCCCAGUAAAGAGGCACCUUCAGCGGACGCUCAGCCCCCAGAGCCCCCUCCUCAGGAGCCAGAAGCCCCUGGAGGUGAAGCCUGGGGCUCUGGUAGAGCCCUCCCCGCCCCCGGAGUGCUCCAUGCCUGCCGUGAGCGGGCGGAUCAGCUGGAGGAGUGGCUGGAGAGGGCCCAGGGCUGCCUGCAGGGACACGCGCCGCCGGACACUAGCAUGCAGCACAGCGUGGAGGAACAGCUCCUCUCCUGUCAGACGAUGUUCCAGGAGAUAGAGCAGAAGGUCUCCAGUCUGUCUGUCGUGAGCAGUGAGGAGCAGGAGGAGGCGCACCAGGAGACGCAGCAGGAGGCCGAGGCGCUCUCCUCUAAACUCGAGGUGCUCAAGGAGAGCCUCGUCACCUUCCAGAUCAUUCUACAGGAGAAACACACGGAGGAGCAGAGUAUAUCAGCUGUGCUGUCCUCUUUGGGUCCUGAACUGGCCUGUCUGGGCUCAGACGUGUCUGGAGCUCUGGGUCCUGAUUCUGGUUCUGGAACUCUGGGUCCUGGUUCCGGUUCUGGAGCUCUGGGUGCUGAUUCUGGUUCUGGUCCCAGUGAGUGCUUGGCUCUGAUCCAGGAGCAUGUUGCUGAGGUCCAGGCGGCACUGAACACUUCACAGACCCAGCUGCAGGAGAGGCUGGAGACACACACACAGCUGCAGCGGCGAAUGAAAGAGCUGCAUGUUUCUGUGCUCACUAACCUCCCGGCUCAGCAACUCCCUCCCAACAACCUGCCUAACCUCCAGCGCCACCUACAGGUGGUUGCUGGGUUACAGCAGCAGCAUCAGGAGCAGGAGAGGAUGCUAGCAGCUCUGCGGAAGGAGGCGGAGUCAGAGGGGCUACCCUCUUGCCUAUCCCAGCAGGCCGUGCAGCUGGAGGCGGUGCUGGAGAGUGUGUGGCAGUCUCUGCAGAAGGGAGGUGGCGGUGUGUGUGAGGCAGUGGAGAAACAGAACCUCCUCAGACGACUGCUCCAGGGCCUCCGGAACCUUCUGCUGCUCGCCAGAGAAUGGCUCACACACACACCGCCCCUGGACACACACACACCAACCCAACUGCAGGCCCACAUCAACUCCGACACGAAGCUCUUCCUGUCUCUUCCCUCACACCUGCGGAUGCUGCAGCACCUGUCUGAGCGGAUGAGUGCUGCCGCCCCCUCUGGCUGGGAGGCUGAAGUGCAGGCGCUGGAGCAGGAGGUGUGUGAGGUGCAGAAGGAGGCGCUGGGGAGACGCAUCCACCUGCAUAAGAUACUACAGAUUUGGACUCAGUGGGAACACAAUUGUUCCUGGUUGGAAGACCGCCUGUCAGAGUUGGAAAAGCAGCUUCCCAAGAUGCACCUGGAGGAGGAGGAGGAAGAGGAGGAGGACUUACAAGAAAGAACAUCUGUCUAUGAGAGACUCCAGGCCGAGCUCCAGCAGUGCCACGCCCACAGUGACAUCAUCACUGAGCAUGCUCAGAGACUACAGCAAGAGGGCGUGGCCUCUCACACCGUGGGCGGGGCCACACAGGGGCCUCAGCUGCGAUUGGCCGCCUUACAGCAGAAGGUGGAUCAUGGGAGGAACAUGGUCCUCACAACCAGGAAGUUAUGGAACAAGUUUCACGGUGACUCUGUGGUGCUGGCGGAGUGGAUGGGCGGGGCCAGAGUGCGUCUGGACACCUGGAGAAGUCACAUGACCUUGGGCGAGGAGGACCCUGGGCACGCCUUCCUCCUCCUGCAGCAGUUCCAGGAGUUCUCCCGUGAGCUAGCGGUCCGCUCCGCCCUCAAAGCCUCCGUGCUCAGCAGCGGCACCCAGCUCGUGAUGCUCAGGGAGCGACAAUACACACACACCAUCGAGCUCACACACACCAUUGAGCUCACACACACAGGUGAACACACACACACCAGUACAGCCAUAGAUACCAGCGCCUCACCUGAGGAAGUCGCCAGCGAUGACCAACAAGACACGUCCUCCCUCACACACACUCCCUACACGUCCUCCCUCACACACACUCCCUACACACACACACACUCCCUCACACACACUCCCGUCCCCGCCGCCUUGUCCGCCCUGCAGGAGAAGCUGGAUCAGCUGGAGCAGAGUUGGACCGACCUGCUGUCGGAGGUCCCUGCAGUUCAGGAGAACGUCCAGCAGGUCCUGCUGGAGAGUGUGACUCCCCAGGAGCUGCUGGUGGAGGUCCGUGCCCAGCUCUGUGUGUUGGAGGCCGGGCUGAACCAGGAGACCUCCAGGACCGCCACACACCUCCAACCCCUCCUCCACACACACAAGGAUCUUCAGGCUGACGUGUCCGCCCAGCAGUUCCCAGUGGACGUCCUGAACCAGGCUGUUCUGCAGAUGGACUGUUCCGACACACACUCCCGCUACACACACAUUCAGUUCGCAGAAGAGCUGGGAGACCUCAACAACCGCUGGACCAAGCUGCAGAGCACACUCAACACACAGGUGCAGCAGGUGGAGCAGCUGCUUGAGGAGGGGACUGACCGGGAGGAAAAACUACACUUCCUGCUGCGCUGGGUCAAAGGUCAACAAGACUGGCUGCGAUUGGCCGAGAGGCCCAGCUGUCGCUCCGCUGCCGAGAGGAGCAUGAAGGAGUGUGAGUAUGGGAUGACCAGACCUCUUCCUAGACCUGGCCGUCCAGCCAAACUGAGCAAUCGUGGGAGAAGAGCCUUGGUGAGAGAGGUAAAGAAGAACCCAAAGAUCACUGUGGCUGAGCUCCAGAGAUGCAGUAGGGAGAUGGGAGAAAGUUCCACAAAGUCAACUAUCACUGAAGCCCUCCACCAGUCGGGGCUUUAUGGCAGAGUGGCCCGACGGAAGCCUCUCCUCAGUGCAAGACAUGAAAGCCCGCAUAGAGUUGGCCAAAAAACACAUGGAGGACUCCCAAACUAUGAGAAAUAA